GACAUGGACAAAAAAACGAACUUGAAGACAACCUAUAUUAGGAUAGCUUACUAAGAUAUCUCAGCGGUGCCACACCGGCGCCUGAUUCAGGUUUUGCUGAGUAACAUUGUAGUAUACCAGGACUACAACGAUGCUCGCCGUACAACGUCCAACAGAAGUACCAGAUCCUUCAUCUGUCCCAUCAAAUGCACCAGAACAUUGUCCAGGAACCGAAUCAGAAUUAGCAGGAAAAGCAGAUGCAUGUAAUGGAUGUGCAAAUCAAGAAAUAUGUGCAUCAAACAAACCAAAAGGUCCUGAUCCUGCUCUUCCAUUCAUUCGUGAACGCAUGUCUACCGUGAAGCGCAAGAUCCUGGUUCUCUCGGGUAAAGGUGGUGUAGGCAAAUCCACGUUUACAGCACAACUUGGAUGGGCAUUUGCUGCCGAUGAGCAACUGCAGACUGGAAUUAUGGAUGUCGAUAUUUGUGGUCCCUCAAUACCCACCAUUCUGGGUAUCGCCGCUGAACAAGUCCACUCAUCGUCAUCUGGUUGGUCUCCUGUCUAUGUCCAGGACAACCUUGGCGUAAUGUCCGUCGGAUUUAUGCUUCCUUCGUCAAAGGAUGCUGUCAUGUGGCGCGGCCCUAAGAAAAAUGGCCUCAUAUCUCAAUUUCUCAAAGAUGUCGACUGGGGUGAUCUCGAUUAUCUCGUCGUUGACACACCCCCAGGCACAUCAGACGAACAUCUCAGCAUCGUUCAGUUCCUCAAAGAAAGCGGUAUAGAUGGUGCGGUGCUUAUCACAACUCCACAAGAAGUCGCGCUGCAGGACGUACGCAGAGAAAUUAACUUCUGCAAAAAGGUCGGAAUAAGAGUGCUAGGCCUUGUUGAGAAUAUGUCGGGUUUUGUGUGCCCAGGAUGCAAGACGGAAUCGCAGAUAUUCAAACCAAGCACCGGUGGGGCUAAGAGGCUCGCAGAAGAGACUGGCGUUGAGUUUUUAGGUGCAGUCCCGCUAGACCCGCGGAUAGGGAAAAGUGCGGAUUAUGGGGUUAGUUUUCUGGAUGAAUACCCGGAUAGCCCGGCAACAGCUGCUUAUCUCGAUAUCAUCGAUCGGCUAAAGCACAUACUCGGCGAUGCGUAGAUGGCGUAAUGAUAUUCAGAUGCUGGCAUUCUUUAUUGUUUAAAUUUUCAAGAAGUUCAUGGAAUAUGUAUCAAGGUCAAAUGUUUUUCAACAGUGACAGCAGCACUCUAACUCUGUAUCCAUUAUUAACAUCGUUUGUGCUUGUAAUACACAUUGGUUUUACUUCUAUAUUCAUUGUGUCCGAAUCAACCUUUUCUUUUCUAAUAUUAUCAGUCCUCCGAAGCUUCACUAGUUCUCCCUUCCUCUCCCUUGUCCUCUUCUCCUUCUUCGCCCUCCUCAAUGCCGAACUCCUUUGGUAAUUCAGAUGGAGGUGCGUCUGCCUCGGAUUCUCUAUUGCGCACAAUAUACUUCCCAAUUGGCGCGACACCUGCUAGUCCCCCAGGAAGACCUUCUACACUUUCAUGAAUAGAUACGGUCGAAAGCGUACGCAGUAACUUCCGCGUCACCUCUCCUCCCGUCGUGGACGCUGCACGUGAGCGGGCGGGUACGACAUACCCUUGAGUCGGGAACGCAAUGCCACUACUGUUGCCCAUGGUUGGUAGCCCGUCGAUGGUGGGGAGCUGCUGCGAAUUCAUCAUUGGCGAGUUAACUGCUGAAGGCUGUCGUGAGGGUUGCAUGAUGCUAGAGCGCCUCGCGUAUGUCACAACGGGAUCUACAGGAGUAGUCGCGCGAAGGAAGUCUAUUGCUGGAGGUGCGAGAUUCUCAUCAGCAUCGCCCUUAUCCUCCUCUCGCAUUUCCUCUGGGCUGUCCACUCUCAAAUUUUCCAACUUUUCCGUGAUACUAUCUGCGACGAGUACUGGUGCAGGGGUAAGGGGCGCCUUUUCAGGAUUACGAGGUUGUGUACUUGGUUCUUCACCGACAGCAUUCGUGCUUCUUGAUGGGUCUGGUUGCGCAUCACUUCCUACACCAUCCCGGGAGAUUCCUCUAACUUCCAUUCUAUAGUCCUCGAUCUCAUUCCACAGCGCAUCUCUGAACUCAUCCAAGGUCUCUAAUUUUUCGAUAUCACGCCACUUUUCAAACUUCUCAGGACAUUCCGGCUCGUCGUUGACAUCAUGAUAGGACGCUAGCCAUGGAUGUGCAAGUGCGUCGAUGACAUUUAUCCGUUCGCUGGGAUCGAAUUGAAGCAUCUUGGUAAGGAGAUCGAUAGCUAGAACAUCAGCUGUCGGUAUCAGUUUGCGAAAUGGAAUAGCUUUUUUGAUGGGCAGUGAUCGCACAUAUGCUUAACGCGUUCUUCGGGAGUACCAAGGACUUCCAAAAU